UCCUCGCGCCUAUAAGGAGCUGUUCAGCUCCAGGCUGGCUGAAUCCCUAUCGCAGCUCCUGGAGGUGGAUUUCAGGACCUGCCUUAUCAGUGCCUUUUGGCGUUGAGGCGCAGUUGCUUUCUCUCUCUGUGUCUCUUUGGACCUGCUGCUGCUGCUUUCGAGAAGAUCUGGGUAAGGAGGGGGAGAGGUGUCUUUCGCAUUCUCCCUCUCCGGCGUCUUCCAAAAGGGUGCCUGGAUGCCGGAUGGAGUAAGGGAGCCAAGGCACAGCAGCCACGCUCUGAAAUUGGAGAUUACGCAGGCAGAGACGGCACGAGAAAAUGGAUCCUAUCCCCCAACUCUUCAGCGUUUUGACUUUGCUGCUGUUCAGCUUCUGGCAUCUUGGAUUAGCGGCUACCAACUAUAAUUGUGAGGAGCCACUGGUAUUCUCGUUACCUGCGACAUCCUUUGACAGCUCCUCUGAGCUCUCCAGCAGUCACAGCCCCAUCUUUGCAAAGCUCAUCAGACGGGAUGGAGCUGGUGGCUGGUCCCCAUUGGAUUCUAGCAGGGAACAAUGGCUCCAGAUCGAUUUAGGGGACAGAGUGGAAAUUACAGGUGUUGCUACUCAAGGAAGGUACGGAAGCUCAGACUGGACAACAAGCUACAUUCUGAUGUUCAGCGACACAGGUCGCAAUUGGAAGCAGUACAGAGAAGAAGACAUCAUCUGGGUCUUCCAAGGGAACAGCAAUGCUGACAGUGUCAUGCAGCAUAAGUUUCUGCACUCAGUGAAAGCUCGUUUUGUGCGCUUCAUUCCUUUGAAAUGGAGUCCAAGUGGGAAUAUUGGCCUGCGGGUUGAAGUUUUUGGGUGUACAUACAAAUCGGAUAUUGCCGACUUUGAUGGGAGGAGCUCCCUCCUUUACAGGUUCAACCAAAAACUGAUGAGCACCUUCAAAGAUGUUGUUUCCCUCAAGUUCAAGAGCAUGCAAGGAGAUGGGGUCCUAUUUCAUGGAGAAGGGCAGCGUGGAGAUUAUAUUACACUGGAGCUGCAGAAAGGGAAGCUCUCUUUGCACAUCAACCUGGGAGAUGCCAAGCUGCGUUUCAGCAACAGUCACACGUCCGUCACCUUGGGCAGUCUCCUGGAUGACCAGCACUGGCACUCGGUCCUCAUCGAGCGAUUCAAUAAGCAGGUGAACUUCACGGUGGACAAGUAUAUGCAGCAUUUCCGAACCAAGGGAGAUUCAGAUGACUUGAACAUUGAUUAUGAGCUCAGUUUUGGAGGAAUCCCAGUCCCAGGCAAACCAGGAACGUUUCUGAAGAAAAAUUUCCAUGGCUGCAUUGAGAACCUUUAUUACAAUGGAGUCAAUAUCAUUGACCUGGCGAAAAGGCGAAAGCCACAGAUCUACAUCGUGGGUAAUGUGACUUUUGCCUGCUCAGAACCACAAAUCACUCCCAUCACCUUUGACAGCUCCAACAACAGUUACUUGCUGUUACCAGGCACUCCCCAGCUUGAUGGCUUGUCAGUUAGCUUCCAGUUUCGGACGUGGAACAAGGAUGGUUUGCUGCUAUCCACGGAGCUGUCAGAAGAUUCCGGUUUACUCUUGUUAUACCUCCAGCAUGGAAGGAUGUCGCUCAUCAUCCAGAAAGGAACAGAGAAAUAUGUAGGAGUUAGUGCAGGCAGCAAUCUGUAUGAUGGUCUGUGGCAUGCAGUUAACAUCAAUGCUAGAAGACAUCGCAUCACCCUAACUCUCGAUAAUGAUGUAGCAUCUACAGUUCAUGCAACCACUGUUUCACAGAUUUAUUCAGGGCACAGCUACUAUUUUGGAGGGUGCCCUGACAAUUUUACCGAUUCAAAAUGUUUAAAUCCCAUUACGGCUUUUCAAGGCUGCAUGAGACUCAUCUUUAUUGAUAACCAGCCCAAGGACCUCAUUUUAGUUCAGCAAGGUUCCCUGGGGAAUUUUAGUGAUUUGCGCAUUGAUCUCUGUGGCAUCAAAGACAGGUGUCUACCAGACUACUGUGAACAUGGAGGAGAAUGCUCCCAAUCCUGGACAACAUUCCAUUGUGAUUGUGGUGAAACUGGCUACACAGGAACAACCUGUCAUAAUUCUAUUUAUGAGAAGUCAUGUGAAGCCUAUCGGCACCAAGGGAAAACGUCUGGUUUCUUCCACAUAGAUUCUGAUGCAAGUGGUCCACUUCCACCGCUUUUAGUCUACUGUAAUAUAACUGAAGAUAAGAUCUGGACUGUAGUCCAGCACAACAAUACUGAGCUGACUCGAGUCCAUGGGGCAGAUCCCGAGAAACCAUAUGCCAUGAGCUUCAACUACAACAGCAGCAUGGAGCAGCUGGAGGCCAUGAUAAAUAGUGCCGAAUACUGUGAACAGGAGACAGCUUACCACUGCAAAAAGUCACGUCUGCUCAACACUCCAAAUGGAAUGCCAUUUGUUUGGUGGGUUGGUCGAGCCAAUGAGAAGCAUCCUUACUGGGGAGGGUCUCCUCCUGGAGCCCAGCGCUGUGCAUGUGGACUGGAGGAAAGCUGCCUGGAUCUGAGAUACUUCUGUAACUGUGAUGCAGAUAAGGACGAAUGGACCAAUGAUACUGGCUUCCUUUCCUUCAAAGAACACUUGCCUGUGAACCAGAUUGUUGUCACCGACACAAAUAGACCUAAUUCUGAAGCUGUGUGGAGAAUUGGCCCUUUGCGUUGCUAUGGAGAUAGACAGUUCUGGAAUGCAGCCUCUUUCAACACUGAGGCAUCCUACCUCCUGUUCCCCACCUUCCACGCAGAAUUCAGUGCAGACAUUUCCUUCUUCUUCAAGACGACAGCUGUGUCCGGGGUCUUCUUGGAAAAUCUGGGGAUGAAAGACUUUAUCCGAGUUGAAAUAAGCUCUCCUAAAGAGAUUACCUUCACAGUAGAUGUUGGAAAUGGUCCAGUAGGCAUCACCGUCCAGUCUCCUGCAGCCCUGAAUGACAACCAGUGGCAUUAUGUACAUGCUGAACGGAAUCUCAAGGAAACGUCUCUUCGGGUGGAUGACUUUCCAAAGAAGAUUCUGGAGGCCCCAGCUGAAGGACAUUUCCGAUUGCAGCUCAAUAGUCAACUGUUUAUAGGAGCAACUGCUUCCAGACAGAAGGGCUUUGUGGGGUGUAUUCGUUCUCUUCACCUAAAUGGGCAGAAACUUGAUCUUGAAGAGAGGGCCAAAGUCACCCCUGGUGUGAAACCUGGAUGCCCUGGGCAUUGCAGCAGUUAUGGUAACCUUUGCCAAAAUGGAGGUAAAUGUGUGGAGAAGUUAAAUGGCUACCUGUGUGACUGCACCAGCUCUCCAUAUGAAGGACCAUUCUGCAGAGAAGAUGUCUCUGCACUUUUUGAAGCUGGCACUUCCAUUACCUACAUUUUCCAGGAGCCUUAUCCUGUGACCAAAAAUGCAAGUACAACAUCCUCAGCCAUAUAUGCAGAUACUUCGACAUCGAAAGAAAACAUUGCCUUUACGUUCCUGACAACACAUGCUCCAAGCCUCCUGUUCUACAUCAAUGCUUCCUCUCACGACUAUUUAGCUGUUAUUCUUUCCAAGAAUGGAAGCUUGCAAGUCCGAUACAGACUGAGUAAGGACAGAUCCCUUAUAUUCACUAUUGAUUCUGGAAACUUUGCUAACCGAGAGCUACACCAUGUGAAGCUAAAUAGAGAUGGAAGAGAGCUGACUAUUCAGAUUGACCAGGUUCUCAAAGUCAAGCACAACUUUUCCUCGGAGGCGGAUUUCAGAGCCAUCAAAUCUCUGACCUUGGGGAAAGUCACAGAUAGUCAGGGACUAGAUCCAGAAGUCUCCAAAGCAAACUCCUUUGGGUUCAUAGGAUGCAUGUCAUCUGUCCAGUACAACAACAUAGCUCCCCUGAAAGCUGCUUUACGGCAUCCCAGCAUAGCACCUGUGACAGUCGUUGGUUCCUUGUCCGAAUCAAACUGUAGAUCUUUGGUUGAAGUCGAUGUAAAUACAGCAACUACGAUAUACUCUUCAUCAGAUCCAUUUGGGAAGGCAGAUGAGAGAGAGCCACUCACCAAUGCAGUCAGGAGUGAUUCAGCUGUCAUUGGAGGUGUUAUAGCAGUUGUGAUCUUCAUCAUCUUUUGCAUUGUGGCUAUUAUGAGCAGAUUCCUUUACCAGCACAAACAGACACAUCGGAGCAGCCAGACAAAGGAAAAGGAAUAUCCAGAGCACCUUGACAGUUCUUUUAAGACUGAUGUUGACUUGCAGAACACAGUGAGCGAGUGCAAACGAGAAUAUUUCAUCUGACAGACUCUCCAGCUCCAUGUUACACUUUGGCAUUUCUUUGAUUAUGAUGGUUAUUAUUAUUAUUAUUUUCUCACCCAUCCAUUUCUUUUGAAUUUCCCCACCCUUUUGGAAAGAACCCACUUUGCACAGAGGAGAUUGGCAGCAAUGGCAGUGCCUCACUCUCUUUGUGAAACCCACCACAGUUAACGCCUAACAGUUCAAGCAACUAUACAUUCUACCUAAGUUCCACAUAACAUGCAUGGUUGACUGUUUGUUUCCUGGAUUUCUGAAAUGUUGUUUUCUGGACCCAUUUAACUUGCCAUUUCAUGUCGGACCUGAGCGAUAUAUACUAGAGGUAAAGUGUACAAGCUAACUAUGUAGCAUCACAGCUAUUGCAACAAGGUAGUGGGAAAGACUAAGACCAAAUUAUCUCAUAUCUUUAAUUGUGUGUUUAAAAGGGGACAAAUCCUCCUGUCUUUUGCAAAUUGGCAUAAUAAUUCUGUUUCAUGUUGGUGGUGCUGUGUUGAUUUUGCAAGCUGAGGAUCUGGAAUGAUUUUGCCCCUUCUCCAUAUCUUUUAACCCUACCUUUGCGUCCCUGUUAUUUUAUUGUAACUUUUUGACUACAAUAUUCUCAUUUUUAAGGUACCAACCUUGAUUAAACAACAGCAAUGAACAAUUACAAAAAUAAUUCCUGGGCCAAGUAUUAUGCCCAGUGAAUUUUGUCACUGUCAGGGGGAAGAGUGAAAAUGGCCUCUGCAGAUUUUUUGCAAUCUUUGGGCAGUAGAAAAAAACUAAUAUUUGUAGUUGUGGAGUGUCUUACCAUGAUAGUGACUAGAUGCCAGAGGGUUCCAGACUUUCUUUUUUACAGAAAUAAUCUAUAAAACUGCCUAGAGGCAGUUGGCCAUUUUCUCUCCCUCCCCCUAAAUUUCCCCCCCUCCCUCAUAGUACUAGGAUCUGGGGUCAACCAAUGAAACUGAAUGGUGGGAGAGUCAGGACAUACAAUAAUUAGUACUAUUUUAUCUGUACAUAGUUAAACUAUGGAAGUGACAAACGUAAGUUGUAGUGAUGGCUGCCCACUUGACUGGCUUUAAAAGUGGGUUAGACAUAUUCAUAGAGGAUCAUGCUAACAAUGGGGCAUCAUGCUCUGAAUACCAGUUGUUGGGGAUGGCAAGCUAGAGAAGACUAUUGCGUUCAUAACUUGCUCAUGGGCUUCCCAUGGGCAUCUGGUUGGCCACUAUGGGAGACAAGAUGCUGAAUUAUAUAGUCCUUUGUUCUGAUCCAUCAGGGCUCUUCAUAUGCACUUUAUGACAUAGUUAUACCUAAUGUACUUUUUUGUUUGCAAUAAGGAAUGGUGCCAGGCUGCUGCGUAUUGCAGAUACCUUACCACUUGAAGUAGUGGCAAAACUUUCAUAAAAGAUGGAAACCCUCUAAAUCCUUGUUUUUAUCAUAGCAGCCCCCCUCACCCCCUGAAAAACAUUACAAUUACAUUUUAUUUUUGGGGCACAAUUUACUCCAAAGCUUAUACUUCAACUGCAACUUCCAUCACAUAGGGUUGGCUAAAAUCAGUACCUUCUAUGGGAAUAUAACACUAAGUGAAGCAUGAAAACGAGCAGUUUUUAGGUUUCAAUGGUUUAGGUGCCUGCUACAUGUUAGGGCGCCCCAUAAACCCUGACUGGA